GUAUAUAAUACUCAGAUCGUCAACAAACCUCAUUCAUAACGUAAUAAAUACUGACUUGGUCGAUACAGCUCUGAAACUGUUUUCAUAUAGAGUGAUACCAGUCGAAGUGAUAAUAGAACUGUGCUAAUUAUUUUGUCCUAAACUCUAUGACGUUGCCUUAUCAGUCUUCGCUUUCUUCGCUUCAAUGUAAUUUUAUCAUGGUUUGAUUAAAGUACCUCGGGUGUGACGUGUCAGAUUCAGACCUCAUGGGGAACUACGUACUCAGGCAACGAGUCAAGGUCCAUUUUAGUUUGGUCGCUGCCUUUACAUCAUACUUACGAUUUUAGCGUCUCCGAUAUAAUUUCGUGUAUGCCUCUCGCCAGCCAGUCGGCGAGUAGACGUGUGUAAGAGACCCUUAGCUAUGUCAGCCGACCAGGUAUUCCACUCAAGGUCGGAGGGUAUCCCUUCAGAGGGAGUGAAGGACCAGUAUGCCGAUGGGAAAGCUGCUAGAGUUUGGAAAAAGUUUAUCGGAGACAGCAACCAACGCACGCAGAAUUACAAGGAUUUCCUUAUUGGGCUGCUAAAGAAACAUGGCUGCAAGAAAAUCUUGGACACUGCUUGCGGUACUGGAAUAGACUCAAUGAUGUUGGUCGACGAAGGCUUCAAUGUGGUUUCAAUAGACGCAUCAGACAAGAUGUUGAAACACGCACUCAAAGCUAGAUGGGACAAGAGAAAAGACCUCAAAUAUGAUGAGUGGGUGAUCGAAGAAGCCAACUGGGAGACUCUUCCCCGCGACAUCGAGAACCUGAUGCCUGGAACCCAGUUCGACGCCGUCAUCUGCUUAGGAAACUCCUUCGCCCAUCUUCUAGACGAGUUCGGAGACCAGAGAAUGCAGAGGAUGUGCCUGCAAAACUUCGCGAAGUGUUUGAAACCUGGUGGAUUGUUGCUAAUAGACCAUAGGAACUACGAUGCUAUGAUCGACAGCGGCGCUACGCCCGGACACUCUAUUUAUUAUAAUUGUAAAUACCCAGUGGACAUCAAGACGUCGGUGCUGGUAGUGCGAGGCAAGCCUGAGCUGAUCGCGCUCGACUACUGCAUAGACGCCACGAGCGACGGAGAGAUUCCCGAGAGGAGCGAAUUCCGUCUCUGCUACUACCCUCACAAAUUGAAGAAAUUCACGGAAAUGUUGGACGACGCUUUCGGCGGCAAAGCUAACCACCACAUCUACGCUGACUUCAAACCUUUGGACCAAGUUAAGAACCCUGGAUUCUACAUUCACGUCAUGGAGAAAACAAAAAACUAAACAAAAAAUAAAUAAAAUGUAAUAUAUUUUGUAAAUAUUCGUAAUAAAGUUUACAAUUAUGUUGUUACAA